AUGACAGCAGACGCUACAAUAGCACGCGGCGUGAUUCAGACAUUGGCAAACCUCAAGCAAAGUGUCAAGGGGAUGGAGGAGCCACAAAGGGUCUCAGAAGGGGAUACCCCCAUUGCCAAAGAAACAUCCGAGAAGGAACCUGGCAACGUAGACAACAAUGCCGACGUCAAGAACGCUACUGAACCAAUGAAAGAUGGGAAAAACGACAACGAAAAGAGUGACUGCGGCGCUCCCAGAAUCAUCAUGGCUUACAUCCCAGCCUCCGCCCCGGCUUCACCCCCGGCUCCUGGCCGCAACACCCCGGAGGCAUCUAACGGCGGAGGUCGUUCCGAAACUCCCAACUUGACGGCAAAGCUCAACCAAGCUAUCCACGAAUAUCGCGCUCGGGAAGAGAGAGUCGGCGAUCUAGGCCAGCCGGACCAAGAAGGCUACGAGGGAGACACGUAUUCACAAGGCGCGCAUCAAGGAUGCUGUGACCACGACCACGAGAACCAGUUUGCAGCCCAUGAUGAGCAAUACUCGCCUCCUCAUCUUCAGCAAGGCUGCAAUGGCCACUCACUACCCUAUGUCAACGCACCGGGGUGCUGGACUCCUUACCACCCAGCUUCCAGUGCUCCCCUGUACAUGCAGCCACCUUUUGGGCCUCCUUUUCAGCAGCAGCAGCAGCAGCAGCAGUACGCCGUUCCUUAUUACCCACCGGUUUCUCAGCCUUAUAACUUGUCUUUUCCCUCCCCUCAUUACUUUUCCAACCCCCAUGACUACCAGUACUUGCCCAACCCCCAUCACCACCAGCACUUCUCAAUCCCUUUUGCCCCUCCUGCCCGUCCACCCCAUGUCCGGUCUAUCCCUUCCUAUGCUCAUCAUCCCUCCCCACCCCACCACCAGUUCCUGCACCCCCCAUCCCAAGAUCCCAACGUCCUUGAGUUGACCAAGCACCUCCAUAAUAUCCACGCCCAGCUCAACGGCCUCGACGCCGCCCACGAAGUCGAGAUCUGGCGCCACGGCAAGUACAACUUCCACCGCCGCCGCGCCAAGCACCUCCGUAAGAUCAAGAGGGAGAAAGUAGAGGAGAUGGUGGCUGUUGUGAGGGAGUUGCGGGCUUUGGGUGUUGGAGGGUACGGACGGCAUCACCACCAGCCUCCUCAGCCUCAAGGUCAACAAGAGACAUGGACGCAGGAAUUGAUGGGUUGGAGGACAACGGCGCCGGGAUGGGGACGUGGACAUGGACAGCCUGCGCGUUAUGGACAGCAGGAAGAGCAGUGGUUGGGAGGAGGAUAUGGAUAUGGACAUGGAUACGGACGCGGACAUUCGAAGGUGGAGGUGGAGGUUGAGCACAAUGGUGGAAAUGGACGCUGCAGCUGCGACGAGAACGGUGCUCAUGUCGAUUCUCCGCCUACGGACAGUGCCGUUGAGAGUAUGGCGUGCGAAUGCGAGUGCGGAUGCACUACGGUCGACGAAGAAGCUAGCCCCGUAGGCGAGUCGAGUGAUGUCGUGAUGCCAGCAGGAGCAGGCGAAACCAGAGCUCGCGCCUUGUCGCUUGAUGGCAUGAGAGAGCAGGUCAAAGCCGUCGAGGCUCAUGAGAAGCAACAUAAAUACGGUGACGGCGGCGGGAACGAGCAGGGCGAAAGCGCUGCGAAGAGUAGCAGCUGUGCGCGUGCCGGGUCUUGGUCAGACGCACAGGUCGUCAUCUCUGAAGAGCUUCGGGGUAAUUGGCGGAAGAAGAUGAGGGAUUAAAGAAGGGGUGAUUUCCGAUAUUCGAAUGAGCGUGUGCUUUGGAAUUGGCGUCAAAAGAAAAGAAAAACGUAAAUGAAAACAGCUGUUUUAGCAAAGGAUCAUGGAGAUAGUUACCCAGCGAAGCGCGUAUUUAACCGGACUAGGAGGAAGAUACACCUAAAUUGAAGGCCUAAUCGACAUAGUAUUGCUGG